AUGGCCGAGACUCAAUCACCACGUCGAAUGUCGGCGAAUAAUCAGGUUGUCUCCAAAGCGGAGAUACCCUUGAAUGAACGAUUUUUUCGUUACUUCCAGCAUGAGAUCACCUCUUUGCAAGAAAGAAUGGACCACCUUGCAGAUACAUCUCUCGUGGGAGGUGAACGGGCCGAUGCAACAGAUCACUGCCUUGCCGGCAUCGUGCGGUUAUCAAAUGAAGUCAAGGAUGCGGCGAGCUAUAUUCCCACAUAUGAUCAGAGGGUCUAUGCAGAGGCAAUCAAAGCUUUGCAGGAUCGAUUGAGUGAAAUCCGUACAGCAUUCGAACCCAGAUCAAAAUUCAGCUUCAAGAACAAGAAGAACGCAUCAGCUAUCUCCCUGUCUGAUGCUGCGUCAUUGGCCGUAAAGGGCCGGCUCAAUGUUUCUGGGUAUCGCUCUCCGGGUUCCUCGUCCGUUGAUUCGUCCGCGAACCACACGCCCAAUUACCCUUCCACGCCACUGAAUGAGCCAGACAAGCAGCAGCAAGAGAGACCGGAGCUUACGCCGACUUCAUGUCCUGGCGUCUCAACUGCUGACUUUGCCACACAUCCCCACUCGAAUAAGUUCGCGGCUACUGGCAUAUCGUCUGUCUCUGUCGACGACCACUAUGCCUUGCACAUAAUGCUUCCGGCUUCUGGCUCAACCUCUACAGUCCCAGCGUCGAUCACCUCUCUGGAUCACUGCAUUGUUGACAUGUCCAUCCCUACCGCCAACGGAAAGCCGUAUGCUAGUCUGACUGCCAAGGGAAUAAAAGAGAGCUUAUUGGUCUGCGGUCAGGUCAAUGGCCCUGCACACGUUACUGACGUUGAACAAAGCGUCAUGGUGGUCUCGUGUCGUCAGUUCCGCAUGCACAACUGCAAAGACGUUGAUGUCUAUCUCAGUUGUUCCAGCAACCCCAUCAUUGAGGACUGUUCCAACGUUCGCUUCGGUCGGAUCCCCAAGGCCUACGCAUUGAACCACGAUCGACCUGACCAUGAAGACCGUUGGAGUCAGGUUGAAGACUUCAAAUGGAUUAAGCCUGAGCCAAGUCCAAAUUGGAGUCUACUUGAUCCUAACGAUGCGGUCCCAGAAGAGGUUUGGGCAGAGAUUGUUCCUGGCGGGCCGGGAUGGUCUCUUGAGGACAUUUUACGUGCCAUUAAGGUGGUGAAAGAUUAA